UUGCCCUCAAAAUGAUGAGGACUACAACAAUUCUGAAAAAACAUCUAAUCUAGAAAAACGGUUUUAUAAAAAACGAAAACAUGAACCUAUUAAAAAACAAAAACAUAAACCUAUUAAAGAAGAAAAACAUAAACCUAUUAAAACACAGGAACAUAAACCUACUCCUUGUAAAACUGCUACUUGUACUCUUACAAAAACUGAAUGUGUUACUCCAACGCCUACAUGUGCACCCCUAAGCGCACCAUGUAAUAUUAGUCACCAGGAAUUAUGCUGUACUGGGUUGUGUUCUACGCUCAGUCCUUCAUUUGGAUGCUGUAAUCCUAAAGGUCAACCAUGUCCUAUUUUUUCACCACAA